UGUUUCUGCGCUGCUUGCCUGCAUUCGCUCGUUGCUGUGCAGUUUUUACGCCGCGCAGCCCGAGCAUACACCGAAGGCAAUGAGCGGCCGGCAUUGCUGCAACAAUUAUUAUUUUAAUUGCUGCUUCUUUCUGGUUUACUCCGACUGAAAUUUUUCAAUUUUCUAGUCUUCAGUACACUUUCAGAGGAAAUCAUGACCAGCAUCGAAGAUCUGCAGAAGUUAUGCAACAAGGUUGAAAGCGUGAUCGCUUCCCUGGGCCCAGACACGAUCACCCCGCGCCCUGCAACCGAGCCUGAUGGACCUACCGGCGUGCUUUACGAGGACGAAGACCAGGACAUGGUGUCCGCGCUCAACAUCAAAAUCUCAAAUGAGGCCAACGCUGUCCCCUCAAAAAGUGUGGUGACCAAAACUCCAUACCGCCUCAAGAUUCGCUGGCGCAAUGUUUUCCUCCUGUCGUAUUUGCACUUGGCUGCUCUUUACGGGCUCUACUUGCUCUGUACCUCAGCAAAAUUCAUCACUAUGAUAUAUACAUUCCUUCUAUACCAAGCUGGCGGUCUUGGCAUUACGGCUGGAGCGCACAGACUUUGGGCGCACCGCGGCUACAAAGCAAAGUGGCCUCUUAAAAUAAUCCUCAUGAUUUUCAAUACUCUCGCUUUCCAGAAUCACAUUUAUGAGUGGGUGCGCGACCACCGUGUGCACCACAAGUACAGUGAGACGGACGCCGAUCCGCACAAUGCCAAGCGUGGAUUUUUCUUUUCACACAUCGGCUGGCUUUUGUGUCGCAAACAUCCCAUGGUAAUUGAAAAAGGCAGCGGCAUCAGCUUGAAAGACCUUGAGGAGGACAAAAUUGUCAUGUUCCAAAAGAAAUACUAUUUGUAUUUGAUGCCAUUUAUCUGCUUUAUUGUACCAACUGUGGUCCCCGUUUUCAUCUGGAAUGAAUCCUGGUCCACUGCGUGGUUCGGAGCCACCCUGUUCCGUUACACUUUCACCCUGAAUGUGACCUGGAUGGUCAACAGCUUUGCCCACAUGUGGGGCAACAAGCCAUACGACACGAGCAUUAAUCCUGCCGAGAACUAUUCUGUGGCCGUUUUGGCGCUCGGCGAGGGUUGGCACAACUACCACCACGUCUUCCCUUGGGAUUAUAAAACUGCCGAGCUCGGAAAUUACAGAAUGAACAUCACCACAGCGUUCAUCGAUUUCUUCGGCAAGAUUGGGUGGGCUUACGACAUGAAGACUGUGCCAAAAGAUGUGGUUAUGAAGCGCGCGAUUAGAACCGGCGAUGGCACCCAUUUGUUGUGGGGAUGGGGCGACAAGGACAUGACUGAGGAGCACCGAAAAGCCACCACCGAGUUAAACAGCAAAGACAAAUAAU